UUUGGUUAACACUUGUACAGAACACGUUCCUUUUGACAUAUACCUCUCUCUCUCUAUAUAUACGGGUUUCUUCGUGCUCGCCGGCGAUGCCCACGCCAGUAGCUACUGCGAGGCAAUGCUUGACGGAGGAGGCGGCAAGUGUUCUCGAUGACGCUGUGGGUGUGGCGAGGCGUCGGAGCCAUGCGCAGACGACGUCGCUUCACGCGGUGUCCGCUUUGCUGGCGAUGCCCAACUCCAUUCUCCGGGAAGCCUGCACGCGCGCCAGUAGCUUCUUCUCUCGUAAUCAGUUUCAAGCGCUCGGAGCCAGCGUCGGAUUCUCCCUGGACAAGUUGCCCCAAGCAAAGGCUCUGGAGGAGCCUCCUCCAGUGUCGAACUCUCUCAUGGCUGUAAUCAAACGGUCUCAAGCGAAUCAGAGAAGGAAUCCGGAUAUCUGUCACCUGCAGCAGAUUCAUGGUAACAACCAAACGCCAUCACUUUUGAAGGUGGAGCUAAAACAUUUUUUGCUAUCGAUUCUAGACGACCCGAGUGUGAGUCGGGUAUUCGGGGAAGCCGGGUUCGGGAGCUAUGACAUUAAAUGGGCGAUUAUGCGGCCUCCGGUGACGCAGACGGCGUCGUCUCGACUUUUGAAGACCCGUCGCCAGCCAAUGUUUAUCGGCAACGUAAUCGAUUCAGACACUAGAAGACCCGGAUUCGAUUUCCCGUCUGUGAAUCCGCUAGGUCAUAAUAGUAAGAGAAUCGUUGAAGUUUUGGUUAAGAAGAAAGGGAAAAACCCGUUGCUUGUUGGGGUUUGUGCCGGUGACGCUUUGAAGAGCUUCGUUGAAGACAUACGGAGGGGAAACAUUAACGUUUUGCCAGUGGAAAUAGCCAAAUUGAGGGUGAUUUGUGUAGAAAGUGAUAUUAGGGAGUUCGUUCUUCAGAGAAGGAGUGAAGAGACGAUGGGUUUCAAGUUUGAGGAGUUGAAAACUGAACUGGAGCAUUGCAGGGUUCCGGGUUCUGGUGUUCUGUUGAAUUUGGGAGAAUUAAGUGUGCUAACUGGGCAUGGAGCAGCUAGUGAUGCCCUAGGCUACCUUGUGUCGAAAGUGACUGGUCUGUUGGAGAUUUACGGAGAGAAAUUGUGGCUAAUAGGGGCAGUAGCUAGUGACGACACGACACGCUCAGAGCAGUUUUUGGCCUUACAGAAGGAUUGGGAUUUGCAUCCCCUGCCCAUUUCCUCUUCCAGGAAUUUAAUCGAGGAAGUAUGCUCCAAAUCCAGCUUUGUUCCAUUGGCUGGGUUCUUUACUCCGCCACCAUCCGAUUCUGGGAUUCCGUCGAUGUGCUAUCUUUGCGCUGCAAACUACGAGCAAGAAGUUGCUGUUUUGAGGGUAAGAUCAACUUUUACAGAUCCAGAUCAUCACACCAAGAACCUACAAUAUUUUCUACAAGUGGAGAAUCUUGACACAACCAAGGGGUUGCAUGCAGCAAUGUCAUGCGAAUCCUUCCAAACCAAAGAUGAUGUAACACCAUUGAAUGCUAAUAUUUUGGAUCUACGGAAGAGAUGGAGUGAUAUCUGCCGUCGUAAUCAUCCUGCUCAAUCAUUUCAUGUUCUGAAUGUUCCCCACGCCAAGUCCCAAGUCCCAGAAAUUGAAGCCAAUAGAUUCUCCACCAAUACGAGCUUAGGCUUUGGCAAAGGUUCAUCCGUCUUUGAUAGCCAAUGUGCUAAUCUAAGUCCCAUCAUGCACGUCGACUCGCAAAAGCUUUCUCCGUCAAAGCAAAACAUGCCAGCACCAGUAGAUUCUGAAGCCGAGAACACUGGUAUCCAAUCUAAGCUGCAAAUAAACGUUUCAAGGAGUCACCAUGGAGAAGCAGAGGAUUUCCAAAUGUUCCCUACUUCUUUGACCACAGAUUUGGGAUUGGGAACAAUGGGUGCAUCUUCUUGUCAGGAAGCAAACAAUCCAAAGCUGCAAGAUCAUAGACAGCACCUUCAGCGCUUUUCAAGUUCCAUUUCCACCAAGUUUGAUGUGGUCAUUGAAAAUACUUCACGCCAUAUUGUCCAAUCUUCUUCUUGCUCUGGUCCAGCUUGGGGAAAGCAAGUUGAUUUUGGAGACAAGGAGUCACUUAAAAGAGUCCUUACUGAAAAGGUUGGCUGGCAAGGUGCUGCCAUCUGUUCCAUUGCCCAAGUUAUCUCCCGUUGCGGAGCAGCAUAUGGAAGUGGUGGCUCAAAUCGCCGAGAAAACAUUUGGUUUACUUUCCUUGGAUCUGACAAGGUUGGAAAGAGAAAAGUCGCCUCCACACUUGCUGAGGUGAUUUUUGGCAGCAAGAAAAAUCUGAUCUCUGUGGAUUUUGGCUCGGAAGAUAGUGUCAGCCAAUUACAUUUGAUAUUUGACUGCCGAGAAUCAAAUGGUGACGAUGCUGUCAAUUUCAUUGGUAGGGAGUUGAGGAAGAAACCCCAUUCAGUGAUCUUCCUUGAAAAUGUAGAUAAAGCUGACACUCAGGUCCAGAAAUGCUUGUCCCAGGCUAUUAGCACAGGUAAAUUUCUGGACAAGAAUGGGAGAUUCGAUUCCAGUCAGUUAAUUUUUGUGACAACAUCAAUGGGCUCAGAAGGGGAAAAAGAUUUUCAUGUUAAGAAUGAUCGCUUUAAAUUUUCUGAGGAAAUGAUACUUGCAGCUAAAUGCUGGCAGAUGAAGAUAUUUAUUGAAUGCGAUGCUGGUGAUUCCAGGAGAGGCAAUAGUAUGAAUGUGGGAAUCACUUCAAAAGAAUUGACCUCAAUAUCAUCUUUGAAUAAAAGAAAAGUGAUUGAUAUCAGUGAAUCCAUGGAGCUGGAAAUGAACCGGUCACCCAAGUCAUUUAGAUCCAAUUUUGAUUUGAAUCUUCCUGCAGACGAACCUGAAUGGUCAUUCGACAGGGACUCGGAACGCUGGUUUGAAGCCUUCUUGGAUCAAGUAGAUGAAAAGGUGCCUUUUGAGCCAUUUGGUUUUGAUGAGCAAGCUGAUAAGUUACAAAAGGAUGUCAACAUGCUGUUUAAAAGGAUGUUUGGAUCGGAUGUUGAACUGGAGAUUGAUCAUCAAGUCAUGGUACAAAUGCUUGCAGCCACAUGGUUAUCAGAUAAGAUGAACGACGUUGAUGAUUGGGUUGAAAGGGUUCUCGGCAGAGGUUUUGCGGAGGCCAAGCAGAAGUAUCCACUUGCUGCUGGGUCUGUAGUGAAAUUGGUUUCUUGUGAGGGUCUUGUUGUGGAAGAGGAAGCUCCUGGCAUACUACUGCCUGAAAGAAUUAUAUUCUGAACUGAUAUUUUUGUCCGGCCGUUACGGUUUUCCUUGUAAUUAUGUGUAUAAUGUAGCUCUUAGCAUGUUAGCAGCUUCACCAUGUGAAAAGCCUUGUUUGGCUAGCCAUUUUUGUUGGUGUUGUUUUGAGUUCCUAGUUACUUAUGAAUGAGGGGAAGAAUAAUUAUUGAAUAUUUGAAUGUCCUUAGUGAUUGUGCCUACUGGGCCUGGCUUCGUAA